ACAAGUAUUAGAUAACACGACAAGAAGGAGGACCCUCCCGUGGGCAGUGGCUCUAAAACCCUUCAACGUGACUGUUUUCACGGAGCUGUCAGAAAAUACAUCUCAUUCCUCUGGAUAAACUGUGACGAGUUUGUGGACGAAACUAUUGAAUACUGACGCGAAUGACCUUAACGGUGGACCUUUGACUGGCCGACACCAGAGCAGGUGGAGAAUCAGGUCCUCUGACACGGCAGGGCAGUGGAUUCUGCUGGAGAUUUAUUUGGUGUUGGUUCAGUUACCUGUUGCUGGAGGAGUAAUUACUCAGCAGGGACAUGACGAUGGACUCUCCAUCAACACCAUCAGCAGGACCAGCAUCUAACACAGGACUUUCACGCCUGGGGGGCAUUGAAGACUUGACAUUAAAGAUGGGGCCGUCACGGAGGAACCUCUUCGGGCCCGUGGACCACCAGCAGCUGCAGCAGGACUUCCAGCAGCUGCUCUCGGUUAACUUGGAGGUGGCAAACAAGCGCUGGAACUUCAAUUUCCAGAGCGAUAUGCCGGGAGAGGAGUCCACCAUCCAGUGGGAGUCGCUCAGGUACCAGGACGUGCCGGUGUUUUACCACGGCUGCACGGUUAGGUCGGUGGGGAAAAUACGGACAUUGUCUUCGUCAAGCGAGGCGUCCCCGGGGUCCAGCAGCUCGUCCGGGUGUGGGGACGAGUAUCCGGAGGUGUCCACAAGGGAGUACUACCGGAUCCAACGGCAAAGAAAACGGAGACAGUCUACCAUCACAGAUUUCUUCAAAGUGAAGAAGACGAAGUUCCUGCAUUACAAAGGUUCUUCUCGGCAGUAGAAAAGCACACAUCAAACCGAUGGACGAUCACCUAGUGGUCGACAUCCGUCUACAGGUCACCUCACAUUGAUGUGUCACAUCAUAUGUAUAUUUAUGUAGCAAUUUGUGACUGACUGUUCACAAGCUCAUUCAGCGGGGGCUUUAAAACUUCUCUGACAACAUAUACCUUAGAUUUCAGCAAAAGGAAGCUACCAUUUUUAUAGUUCAUCAAGCUCAGACGGUUUUGUAGAUAAUUAUAAAUGUUUUAUGUAUUCUGUAUACUGUUUUCCUCAUCUUUAAACUGUGAAACUUAUUUGAAUGCACUCUUAACAACAUAACACAGGCUCUAGUAUUGAGAGGUUCAUUUUCUUCUGAAUGGGCCUUGGAUUUUGACCUCAGUCCUUGACCUUUUUCUCGCUCUUGCUAAAAGUCAUAAGAGGUUUUGAUUAGCCGAGUUACUAUUCCUGGCCUCGUGCCACACUUAGCCUUUCAGUCUCACCCCGGGGCUGCGAUAGCACGAGUCGAGCCAGGGGUCAAAAUCUCACCCAGGGCUCAAAAUCUGGCAGCUCGACUGUGAUUAGCUGCAGGGCAAAGGUCAGCGCUGGAGGUUUAGCUAUGAGCUAAUGCGGCCGUCGCUGUACAACAGUGACUUAAAUAGCUAUUUGAUUAUUUAUUUAUUAUUCACAAUGCUAAAUUGUAAAAAAAAAAAAAAAAACGUAGAAACAAAAAAAUAGACAUGCAAUGCAUUAAAUGAGAUUAGACAAGGUUUUUUUUUAAUUUUUUUUUUACUUUUAUUGUCAUUACACAGUAGGCCUACUUACUAUGUAACAAAAUGUUUUCUCUGCAUUUGACCCAUCCUAGUGUUCGGAGUUUGUGGAAUCCUGUGCCAUUAGUGCCCAAAAAAGUUAUGAGUUGUUGCCACUUACUAAUACUGGCCGUUUAUAUUUAACAACAUAAUAACUGCUAAUCAUAUUAGCUUUCUGCUUUGCAUUGUUGCAUAAUGGGCUGGUCAAAUCUUAUGGCAGCAGACCAAAACACACCUAUAACUUUAGUCAGCUUCAUGCGUGUAAUAAUGUAGCAUUUUAUCAGUGUGUCGCAGCUCAAAGGAACCUAUGAAGAGUGGAGCUGCUUCACUUUUCUGUCUCUGUUCCCUUCUAUACGUGCUCGUGUGUAAACACAGAUCUGAUUGUGUAUGAGUGUUUCGGUUUGGUGUGAAUCUUGAGGUUUGUGGCAGCUGAGGCAGAUAAAACCAAAGACAAAUUACUGUGCCAUUAAAUUAGAAACAUUUAUACAGGUCGCUCAUCGGUCAUCGAGGGUCUCAAACAAGUCUUGGUCUUUAGAUAAGAUGUGUUCCUACAGUCGUUUUAAUUUGUUAAUGGAAAACAAGCCAUAAUCAGGAUUAAUCCAUUCUACCUCAUGAAUUCAGUGAAACAAACACAUGUCAUUUAAAUGAAAGAAAACUAAACCAAUGCAGCUCGGGGUUGUUUUCGUUUGCAGGCGAAAGAGAGAGAGAAACCAGGGGGGGGGGGGGGAGGAGGGGUCUAUUAUUUUGUUGUGG